ACAGACAUUGGGAAUUGGACAUUGAGCGCGCAGCUUCAGCGCCUCGGACGCAGGAUCUUCCGCGAGCAGGAUUCUGAGCGCGAUACUGAUUCUGAGCCUGAUUCGGCGCCCGGGCCCCGAAUUCGGCGAUCGCUCGCAGCUUUCCGUAUCUUCGAACGUUCGAGGCGCGGGAACGGGAAGGGCGCGGGGGGCGCGGGGCGCGGGACGCUCUGCGAUUUGAAUCGGGCGCGUGGGCAGCGAAUCGGCGGGGAGCGAGGCAGCGUCGGGGACUGAGGUGGACUUACCGUUGACAUGGAACGAGCAAUUUUGCGCGCACGCUGGAUGGUUACGGUCGGUAUGUGCUGAGUAAGCUCUAGAAACCAGGAGCGGCGUCAAGAUUCUCGAGGGCGCCCGAACGAUCCUUGAGCCCUUUCGCGCGAGGCCGAUCGCGCGAAUCGCAGAGGCCCAGCGAGGCCCCGCGGCAUCUUGACCCGCUCUGCCCUCGUGGGCGUAAGUAGCAAGCCAGCGACCAUGGUUCGUGUCAGUAGUGCCUUGUUCCCGAUGGAGGUUACUCUGGCGAUCAUCAAGCCAGACGCCCUCGAAGCUGGGUACAAGAAAGAAAUCCUCCACGUGUUGAAAAAAUACAAGUUUGUCAUUCUCAAUUCGGGCCGCAUCAAGUUGACUCGCUUGAGAGCAGAGGAGUUCUACGAUGAUCAUACGAAGAAUGCGCCUUACUAUGAACCCAUGAUUCAGUACAUGAUGCGGCGGCCAAUCUUUGUCAUGGCGCUUGCCCGAGACAAUUGUGUGCGUGCCUUCAGAAACCUCAUGGGCCCCAAAGAUGCCACAAAGGCCAGAAGAACUCACCCGCAAAGUUUGCGGGCUAUGUUUGGGAAAGAUGGUCGAUUCAAUGCGAUUCACGGCAGCGACUCAGCGGAGAGGGCACGUCGUGAGAUUAAGUUCUUUUUCUCAGACAUGAUUCUCGAGCCGUAUCCAAAUAAAGAGAUUGCAGACAGUUACUUCAAAGAAAAGGUCAAUCCCCUUCUGAUCAAAGGGCUGGCAGCUCUAGCCAAAGCUAGGCCAUCCUCCGAUCCAAUUGCUACAUGCAAAUGGUUGGCAAGAUGGUUACACGACCACAAUCCGAAGUUGCCGAAGCUUUCAGCCGAUGUUUUGCCUUAUCGCCUCCUAGUGCCGGAAGACAUGGGUGGGCCCAAGCCGUUCUACAUCCCGCCGAUGAGAUUCAACUUUUCGCCUCCUCAAGAUGCGCACAGAGAUCCCUCCGGCUUCCCUCAAUUCCAUUGAUGUGGAAGCAAGAACCCACCCAAAUUUUGUAGACCCAAUAGUGAGUACCAGAAUCUUGCCGACUUAGCCCCAGCGGAACCCCAAGAGUAAUGACGGGCCUUUGUUAGCUGUAACGAGUUCUUAAUGCUUCUAGUGCGUAGUUAGGUUCAGGCUUGCUAGGAUUUUUGGCCCCUCUUCGAGAUGUGGAGAGCACUCAAUGAGUGCGAAGACAUGAAUUCAUAUUUGUCCCCAUAGUACCACUCCCUUGCAUCACUCGACAUGUGGCGUUGGAUAAAACGCGAUGGAAUGCUUCGAUUUCGCCCCUUUUGCUGUAAAGUCAAUCUCACAUCGGGCCACAUUUUCCAGACGGGAAAGCGACCCCACGA